AAUAAAUUGUAUACAUAUAUAAAUGAAGUGUUUCAAUUUUCCGUCCCUGCUAUUGGAAAACAGGAUUUGUUUCCAUGUGCACAAAAUAAUUCACACCGUGGUUAAAUCGGAAGUUCUACGCUGCUGCCUUCUUCUUUUCUUCUUCCGCUACGUCAUCACGUCCAGAGCUCUGAUUGGUUGCUACUGUCUGUGACCUGGCAACCAGAAGAGGCUUUACCAAACAGACAGACCCCCUGGCAUCAACAAAACAAGCUAGCAUCUGGGUGUUUUAUUCUGCGAAACGCAGCCGUCCAAACUAGCACCAUGUCUUCAAGGACUCUACCGCUGCUUUUCAUCAAUCUCGGAGGAGAAAUGCUGUAUAUUCUGGACCAGCGGCUUCGAGCCCAGAAUAUCCCCGCUGAUAAAGCUAAGAAAGUUAUGAAUGACAUCAUCACCACUAUGUUCAACAAAAAGUUUCUGGAGGAGCUUUUUAAGCCACAGGAGCUUUACUCCAAGAAGGCCCUGCGGACUGUGUUUGACAGACUGGCCCACGCAUCCAUAAUGAGACUCAAUCAAGCUAGCAUGGACAAGCUCUAUGACUUGAUGACCAUGGCUUUCAAGUAUCAAGUGCUUCUGUGUCUGCGACCUAAAGACAUCCUCCUGGUUUCCUUCAACCACAUGGAUGCAAUCAAGGACUUUGUGAAAGACACUCCCAGCAUUCUCAGCCUGGUCGAUGAGACAUACCGGCAGCUCAUAGAGAUGUACACGUCUUUAUCACAUGGUGAAUUUCAGCUAAUUAGACAAACUCUUCUAAUUUUCUUCCAAGACAUGCACAUAAGGGUGUCUAUCUUCCUCAAGGACAAGGUGCAGAACUCUAAUGGUCGUUUUGUCCUUCCUACUAGCGGUCCGGUACCUCAUGGAACACAGGUCCCCGGCUUGAUAAGGAUGUUUAGCUGUACUGGUGAGGAGGUGACCAGACUGCAGUUCAAUAAUGGAGGCAACUACACUGCUGGUCUUAGGGAAGGAUCUUUUGAAAUGUUUGGAGACAGGGUUACAAAACUGGGCACAAACAUGUACAGUGUGAGUCGUCCAGUGGAAACCCAUAUGUCAGGAACAUCUAAGAGUUCUGCCCAGCAUACGAAGCAGGUCAACACUGCUCCCAACCCUCUGGCUAAAGAGGAGCUGAAUCUUUUAGCCAAGUUAAUGGGAGGCUUAGAAGUUCAAAAAACAGGAAAUGCAGACAGUGGCUUUCGAGUUAAUCUUUUUGCCACUGAUGAGGAAGAAGAAGAGGCAUUAAUAACAAGGCCAGAUGAACUGUCUUAUGGAGUCAUAAACAUCCAAGCAACAAAGGACCAUCAGGCUAAUGCUGAGCUGGCCAAGAUCAUGGGAGAGUUCACAGAGUCUGGACAUCAGUCUCCGAGUGCCAGCAGCAAAGGAGAUGACCUUCUGGCCAUGAUGGACGGUCUGUGACAUGGCUGCCCUGACAGAAAAGCCCAGAGGGCGGGGCAGCAACAUUCCCCUCUGCUGUAGACCAGAAAGCUGUCUUUACCUGCUAACGCGCGGCCGCACCAUCAAAAGCAGCCAGAAAACCGUCUUCUUUGGGUGCUGAAGAUGACGAUGCAGAUGAUCACAGGUGUUUUCAUCAGGUGUCAAAUGAGCAACUGUGAAUCUACAUAGUGAUCUAAGCUUUAGGCUGUAAUACACUUUAAGGGUGUGUUUCAGCUUCAGUUCAAGUUAUACAGUAGGUCUCUGUCAGUGUGUAUAUGUGAUAAUAGCAAAACAUUGGCUCAACACGUCACAUUUUUUAAACUCUGACUCAGACUGAGCUGCUGUGCACAAUAACAUGUUACAUCUUUCAAUUGACAGAUCUUAUGGUCUAUAAUUUUGUGUUUACAUUACAGUAAAACCAUUCUACCCUUCAACGGUAUUAAGAAACUACUUGUAAGAUAUUUUCCACAACUGUGAUGUUGCUGAAUGUUGAGAUAUGACCAAGAAAUCAGAAAUGUGCAUCAGAGUACAUUAUUAUCAGACACAGUAAUGCAAUAGAAUUGUCUAAUAUGUACAUAUGUUUAUUAUACACAAUAUUUAUUGAUUGCAUUAUUUUCUGUGAAUAGAGAACAUACUGCUGCAGUUGCUGAAUUGUUAAAUGUGCAAUGUAGACUUUUUAAUAAACAGCAGAACACAUUAGAGCAUAAA